AUAAGCUCGGAGUUGACAAAAUCUCAUCUGUCUCAGUCGAAACAUUUUGGGCACAGUUUUUUUUCUUUUUCAUUCCCAUCCAAGUAGAGUCCUGGGCGGACCACGCUGGCGAGGAUUACGGCUUCGAACCAACCCCCCGUGCCGUGCCGAGGACUCGCUCUCACCGUGGACUUUACCACCACCGCACGGCAGAGUGAGGAAAGUGGGACUUUAUUGUUCAAGGCUAGCUAGCUAGCUUUGCAAAGCGGCUUGUUUUUGUGUGUAUAACGUGGACCGCGGGCUAUAUGGCUGCGAAUUACGAGCCAAUAUAUGGACUUUCAGAAGACGAGAAUGAAACAAGAGUGCUGCGGGUUAAGGUCAUUGCAGGAAUUGAUCUGGCGAAGAAAGACAUCAUUGGAGCCAGCGAUCCUUACGUCAAGCUUUCCCUCUAUGUUGCGGAUGAAAACAGAGAGCUUGCCUUAGUCCAAACGAAAACUAUUAAAAAGACCCUCAACCCCAAAUGGAACGAAGAAUUCUACUUCAGAGUGUGUCCGCAGAAUCACAGGCUACUCUUCGAGGUGUUUGAUGAAAACAGAUUGGCUGCUUCCAAGAAUGGGCUUUUCCAUCUCGGACAGACCAGAGAUGAUUUCCUGGGACAAGUUGAUGUUCCUCUCAGUCAUUUGCCGACUGAGGACCCUGCCAUGGAGCGGCCGUACACAUUUAAAGACUUCCUUUUGCGGCCAAGGAGUCACAAGUCCAGGGUGAAGGGUUACCUUCGUCUGAAGAUGGCCUAUCUGCCCAAACAAGGAGGACAUGAGGAGGAGGCUGGAGAGAUGAGGGAGGAGGCUGAGGGCUGGGAUGAGUCUGCGGACUCAGGCUCCCAGCGACCCCAACAACUGCUGCCCCCUUUGCCUCCAGGCUGGGAAGAAAAGGUGGACAACCUGGGACGCACCUACUACGUGAACCACAACAACCGCAGUACACAGUGGAAACGGCCCUCCAACAUGGAUGUGAUUUCAGAGACUGAGAGUGACAAUCAACAGCGGCAAAUCCAUCAGGAAGCGCACCGUGUUUUCCGUUCGAGACGCCACAUCAGUGAAGAUCUCGAAAACGAGCACCUGGAGCCCAGAGACAUAGACAAUUCCUGGGAGCUCAUCACAGAAGAGGAUCCUAACGACAGCUUGGCCCAGUCACUGCCUGGUCCCUCCUCCGUCUUGACACCACAGCACCCGCCAACACCCAUCACCCAGGAGUUCUCUGAAGAUUUAAAUCUGAGGCUGUCUCUCACUCCCGAUACUAAUGGCGAAGUGCCAGGGCCCAGCUCCGCUCUGGGCCAGCUGUCAAACAGACUCCGGUCCUCAAGUAUGACGGAUGGCGUCAGUGAUCAGGCCCAGGCUCCUCCUCUUACGCAGAGGUCCCAGACCAGAAGAACAAGAGCUCAAACAGUCUCAGGUGGUGAGGAGAAUAUGUCUCCCUCGGCGACUGCUUACUCCUUGACCACCCCUGGCCUGCCCCCUGGAUGGGAGGAGAGGAAGGACGCCAAGGGAAGAACUUAUUACGUCAACCAUAACAACCGCACCACUACUUGGACUAGGCCAAUUGUGCAGCUGACUGAAGACGGAGCCAGCACCUCAGCAGCAGCGUCGGGAGGAGCGUCGGCCCUGACACCCGCAUCCACCCCUUCCUCCUCUUCCAAUGCCUCCAACAACCACCUCCAUGAGCCCCAAGUCCGACGACCUCGUAGCCUCAGCUCCCCUACUGUCACCCUUUCCACCCCCUUGGAGGGAGCCAACAACAUCCAGGUACGGAGGGCUGUGAAAGACACGCUCUCCAAUCCACAGUCUCCCCAGCCGUCCCCUUACAGCUCCCCAAAAUCGCAGCACAAGACCCAGCAGAGCUUCCUGCCCCCAGGCUGGGAGAUGAGAAUAGCCCCAAAUGGACGGCCUUUCUUCAUCGACCACAACAGCAGAGCCACCACCUGGGAGGAUCCCAGAUUGAAAUAUCCAGUCCAUAUGAGGAAUAAGAACUCAAUGGAGCCUGGUGACCUCGGCCCUCUUCCUCCUGGAUGGGAAGAAAGAGUUCACACAGACGGACGCACCUUCUACAUUGACCACA